AGCAAACAUAACAAAAUUUACCUAAUUAAUAAGCAUCAAUGCAAUCUCAUCAUCAUAUUCACCUUACCAAAAAAUGGAAAAUAUUAAGUGGCCAAAACAAUUGGGAAGGUCUCUUAGACCCACUCGACAUAGAUCUUCGUCGAUACAUAAUUCGUUACGGUGAAUUUGCCCAAUCCACAUAUGAUACUUUUAAUAGCACUAAAUUCUCCAAGUAUGCAGGAAGGAGUCGCUUUUCAAAAACUGAUUUCUUCACAAAAGUUAGUCUUUCCCUAGGAAAACCCUACAAAUAUCGCGUUACAAAAUUCUUGUACGCAACUUCAGGAAUUGAUUUACCUGAUGCGUUUAUAUUUAAGUCAAUUUCGAGAGAGGCAUGGAGUAAAGAGUCUAAUUUUAUUGGGUACGUAGCGGUGGCAGAGGACGAGUCGUUGGCUUUGCUAGGGAGAAGAGACAUUGUUAUUGCUUGGAGAGGGACAAUACAAUCUUUAGAAUGGGUUAAUGAUUUACAAUUUCUUCAAGUUUCGGCUUCGAGUAUUAUUGGGAAAAAUGGUGAUGAUGAGCCAAAGGUGCAUCAAGGAUGGUACUCAGUUUAUACAUCUGAAGAUCCUAAGUCGCCGUUUAAUAAGACUAGUGCAAGAAAUCAGGUACUUGAAGAAAUAAAAAGUCUAGUAGAACAAUACAAAGAUGAAGAGAUUAGCAUAACAAUAACAGGCCACAGUUUAGGGGCAGCAUUAGCAACCCUAAAUGCGGUUGAUAUAGUAGCCAACAACAUUUACAAACCAAAAGAUUACCCUACAAAAUCAUGCUUAGUUACUGCCAUUAUAUUUGCUAGCCCUAGAGUAGGAGACUCAAAUUUCAAAAAAAUAUUCUCAAAAUAUGACAAUCUUAAACUUUUAAGGGUUCAUAACACGUUAGACAUUGUCCCAAACUACCCCAUUCUAGGGUAUUCAGAUGUCGGCCAAGAGCUGAUGAUUGACACCACAAAAUCUCCGUACUUAAAGGGUUCUGGAACAUUCUCGAAUUGGCAUAAUAUGGAAGUGUAUUUGCAUGGUGUUGCGGGAACACAAGGGAGUAAAGGAGGGUUUAAAUUGAUGGUUGAUCGUGAUAUUGCACUUGUAAAUAAGUCUAUGGAUAACUUAAAAGAUGAGUAUCUUAUACCUAUUGGUUGGUGGACUUUAAAGAAUAAAGGAAUGGUUCAACAAUUAGAUGGUUCUUGGUUGUUGAUGGAUUAUGAAAUUGAUGAUGAUGAUGGGGAUUUUGACCUUUAAACUUUAAAUUAAUUUAAUUAAGUUUGAAAUGGAAUUAAUGUGUUGAUCAAUGUAUUGAAGAUCUAUUUGAGUUAGCGUUUUGGUUGAAGGCUUUAUUUUUCUUUAAAUUACCUACAUAAAGAAUCAAUUUGCAUCAGAUGUUUUUUGUUCGUUGGGAUUCUAUAACCUAAUCCGAAGAAAAUAUAAUGAUUUUAUGUACUACUCUUGAGGUUGUUAGUUUUAUUGUAAUUGUUUGACUUAUUUUUAUGACAUGUAUUAGACUUUU